GAACACCACGUCGCUCCUUUUCUCAUCUGCUUUCCGAGGAUGACUCUCCUCCAUCAGCUGGCCAGCUGGGCCGGCCUGUGUCAGGGGCUUUCUGUGGUCUCACAAGUCUUGGUUGCUAUGGCGACUGCCUGGAUGGCGAAGCUAUUGGUGCAGCACGCCUGGUUCUCGUACAGGCUGACCUGUUUCAGCAAACCUCCUGCAAGCUUCUGGUUGAUAGGCCACUGGGGACAAAUGCAGAGCACGGAAGAGGGUCUUCGUCAGGUGGAUGAGUUGGUGCAGACUUACUCUCACUCCUGCAGCUGGUUUCUCGGCCCCUUUUAUCACCUGGUCCGCAUCUUCCACCCUGACUACGUCAAGCCGUUGCUCACAGCACCUGGCAGCAUCACAGUGAAGGAUGAGCUCAUCUAUGGCCACCUGCGUCCGUGGCUCGGUCAGAGUGUGUUGAUCAGCAGCGGGGAAGAGUGGUCCCGCAGAAGACGACUGCUCACGCCUGCUUUUCACUUGGACGUUCUCAAGAGCUACAUGUCCGUGUUCAACACCUCAGCAGACGCCAUGCAUGAGAAGUGGCGCGGUCUGGUGAGCGAGGGGAGGCCUGACGUGGAGCUGUUUCAGCAUGUCACUCUGAUGACCCUGGACAGCCUGUUGAAAUGUGCAUUCAGCCAUGACAGCAAGUGCCAACAGUCGAACAGCGAGUACGUGUCUGCAAUUGUGGACCUGAGUGACCUGAUCAUCGCUCGGCGACAGAGACUGCUCCACCACUGGGAUUGGAUCUACUGGCGGACUCAGCAGGGGAAACGUUUCCUCAAAGCGCUGAGCAUUGUGCACAGUUUUACAAGGGACGUGGUUCAGAAGCGCCGUGCUUUCCUCUGCCGUCAAGAUGAGGCACAUCAUCCUGGUUCACAAAAGAGAAGGGAUUUCCUGGACGUCAUCCUCUUAGCAAAGGAUGAAGGAGGUCAAGGACUAUCUGAUGAGGAGAUCCAAGCAGAGACCAACACUUUCAUGUUUGCAGGUCAUGACACCACAGCCAGUGCAAUUUGCUGGACGCUGUAUAAUCUAGCUCUUCACCCAAACCACCAGGACAAAUGCCGACAGGAAGUGAUGGAUUUGAUGCGAGGGCGAAGCACAAACAUGAUACAAUGGGAGGAUCUAUCCAAACUUUCCUUCACCACCAUGUGCAUCAGAGAGGCGCUGAGACUGCACUCACCUGUGCAGGCUGUGACCAGGAAGUACACCCAGGACAUGAAGCUGCCAGGGGGACGUAGUGUACCCAAAGGUGCUAUCUGUUUAGUCAGCAUCUAUGGAACGCACCACAAUCCUGACGUCUGGAUGAAUCCUCAUGAAUUUGACCCAUUUCGUUUUGAGCCAAAAAACCAAGGUGGCCGUUCUUCUCAUGCAUUCAUCCCCUUCUCCUCAGGACCCAGAAAUUGCAUUGGUCAGAAGUUUGCACUGGUGGAGCUCCAAGUCGUUGUUGCGCUAACGCUACUUCACUUCUCCCUGACCGUGGGCAGCAGCUCUCUGGAGGUGCGCCGUCUUCCUCAGCUGGUUCUCAGGGCUGAGGGGGGGCUGUGGCUACAGCUGAAGCCCCUCAACCAUCUCCAUGAGCAGCAGCAAUGAUUAUACAGCAGCCUCAUUGAAGCAAAACGUCUUUCAUUUUAUGUUUUUUAUUUUAAUUAAGAGGUAGUUCCCAAAAACUAUUGCUAAAUUACGGGUUUGUUUUUACCUUUGUUUCACACAAAGGAGAGCAAAAACAUCAAUAUUUCAAACUAAACGUGUGGAUACCGAAGUAUUUUCUGUGGAGCGCCAACAUUUCCAGGUGCAUGAGAACAUUUUUGAACAUUUUCGUCUUUCAGCACUAUGAUGCUUCUAAAACUUUGACCUAUUGAGCCACACAAGAACAUUGCCCACUCUACUGUCAUUUUACUGAAGUCUGCUAAAGUCAGCAUGGAGCAGAUGCCGCUCUUGGUUUGAAAAUGAUGCCUUGUGUCAUUAAAUUCAAAGAUUUCAGAGCAGAUAGUGCCAUCUAGUGGGCCCUGAAUGUGAGGACACUGUUUCAUGAAGCUUCAUAAGCUUCAUAUAGCACUAGCUGCAGCUACCAAGGGGAAAUAUCUCACAUUCUAGCCUUUUCUGAAUGAAGCCAACCAAUGCUUGAUUCAUUAAAGGGACAGUAGUAGCAGUUCACAUGGAGUCAGAUAAAGUCUUCACUGAGGGCUGUUCACCCUCAAAUUGAGGCCUAACCUCGUGGAGUCCCCAUAAAGGCAUAAGGUCCUCACAAGGACAGUGUUAUGUCAAGAAUUGGCCCCCACAAAGUAGGAUAAGCAAGCCCACACACACAAAAUAUGUUUUUAAAAAUUGCUAUUGUCACGGACAAGAGGAGAAACUGGGUGGUGCCACUGAAGACAUGGAGGAGAAGUGGGUCCACAUCCUGCCUGCUGCCUCUGAAUGGGUUUCCUGUCCUGCACGCUCACACGCUCCAUACGGAGCAAGCUCUGCUUCCGGUGGUUCUUCCUCAGGAUAUAGAACUGCGGCUGCUGCUGCUGCUGCUGCUGCUAAGGUGACUUCACCAUGGCCUGGUGUGAGUGGGAUCCUUCUUUAAGAGGCCAAAAGUGUGGGCGGCCACAUCCUGGGGCGGUUUCACACUGUUGCAAGUUCUUCAUCACAGACACAAAACCAGGACAAAACCGUGUGGUGAACUCUCCCUCUUCCUUAUCAACUGCAACAAGUCUAGAGAGGGAAAAGAGAAAAUGAUAUAAAGCGCCACACCAGAGGGCCUUGCCGGGUCAGUGUCUGAACAAGGUGAGUUUGUGGCUGAGGUUUUUCCAAGUUCGGCGGAUGGAGAUGAAGCCGUUCACCUGGAUCCUGGUCUCUGUCAUCUUUGCGCGCCUUUUCGCGGCUUCCGGAACAAUGACCAGGGUGGACAAGAAAGCGGGAGAUCCAGUGGUCCUCCAACCCAGAGAAGCUCCUAUUACUGACUCCAUCAGCAGCAUCCUGUGGCUGCACAACUCAGCCCUGGCGGUGGAGUUUGAUGGGAAGGAGACGGAAUACUUUCGUCACUUCAAAGCACGUGGUGAUCUGAACAUUUUGAAUGGGGAAUUGACAAUCACAGGCUUGACAGUGAAUGACAGUGGCCUGUACACUGCAGAGGUUAAUGGCCUCCAACCGACAACCGCAACUCGACUUCGAGUCCUCUCUCCUGUCCCCAUCCCCACCGUGCAAGCUUCCUGUGAUGACCAGAAACACAUUUGCACUCUGGAGUGUGUCGGCAACAUUCAAGCCGAUGCUGAGCCUGUUUAUUACACAUGGACAUUUGGGGAUGUGGUGAAGCUCAACU